AUGGAAAGUCCAGAACAAGGAGGAGAAGGAAGCAGACAAGAAGCUUUGAGAUUAAAAGUUCAGGACAAUAGAAAAGUUAAAAAUACGUCAAUGAUAUAUUCAAAAUUUGACUUUUUAGAUAGACCCUGGUGGAAACCCUCUUAUGAUGAACGCGAUGCUAAUUCUUUUGUUUUAGAUGCCAAGCGCCACCAACGUGUCAUAUUAUUAGCUGUUAACGAAAGUGACCCGCUCUUAUGGAAGGGAUAUAUUGACCUUCAUCGUGAACGUUAUCUGCUUGAAUGUAUUUCCGCAGAAAGUAACAUUGACCUUACUAUCGACUCUAUACGACAGGCUCUAAAAAAACCUGGUAUUCUUAAAUUGCUAUGUGGAAAAAUUUUUGCAUGCUUCAUACCCGAAAGAUCUUUACGUUUGAAUAGGAAAGUGAAAAAUAUCCACGAUGCCAUUAUUGGUAUCUUUCCAUCAAUCUUUUUUCCUGAUCUUCCAAUUGAUCAGUUUACACCUUCGUUCGCACAGCAGUUGCACCGACAAAUUGGAAAUGAAUUGAUUAGUAACGCAGGUCAAUAUAGAACGCGACAUGUUAUGGCGGCACAAGAAAACUAUGUAUAUAUGGCACCGAAUUUAAUCGAGGAUAAAAUGAAUGAGUUAUUCUGUCAAUGUAGAGAGAAAUUUGGAAGGAUAGACUUGCAGUUGGAAGAAGCUAUUAAAUACGGGGCGUGUUUUCUUGUCUAUUUCUUGACAAUUCACCCUUUUAUAAAUGGAAACGGAAGAGUAACGAGAUUGCUUUUGAGUUACCUCUUAUCAAAAUUCACAGUGGUACCUCUUUCUUUAUAUACAGGAUCUAAAACACGAGAUGUGUAUUUACAAUGUCUUCGUGAAGCACGGUAUCAAGAACCAUUUAAUCCUAGUGCACUUGCAAAUUUUAUACUUGAAUGUGUAUACAAGACAUCUUAUAACAUAUGUGUAGUGAUGGAUGUCGAUAUUCAAGAUUAA